GGAUAAAAGAACAUUCAUGGUGGGGCCAACAUGCACACAGUACCGACGCAAUCUGAAUCCGAUAAGGCGUUGAAGCUGCUUUUAAAGGCCAUUAGUUUUCUCGCAGCUUCCAUAGCGAAGCAAAGAUACUGCACCAUGACAAGUGUUAUUCUCUUCUUCUCCUUUCUACCCUGUUUUUGCUUGCUCGCUACAGCUGCAACAAACUCUAUAACUCCAACCCAACCACUUACAAACGGACAAAUACUUUAUUCACCCAAUAAUUAUUUCCAACUCAAAUUUUUCAAUCCCUCGGAAUCCAAAAAUCGCUUUGUAGGGAUAUGGUGUUGCACAAAUUCAUUUAUGAACAGAUUUGUCUGGGUCGCGAACAGAGAGAAGCCGCUUACAGAUUUCGGGGGAGUUUUUGCCAUCCAAAAUGGCGGAGGCCUGGUUGUUCUGGAUGGUAUGAAGAAAGCACUCUGGUCGUCAAACACUUUAUAUGUGAUGAAUAAUUCUUCAGUUGCGGAGCUGUUGGAUUCUGGAAAUCUUGUGCUGAGAGAAGUGAAUUCUGUAAGAGUCAUUUGGCAGAGCUUCGAUCAUCCGUCCGAUACAUUUAUCUUAGGGAUGAAGGUCGGAAUCAACCUGCGAACAGGAGAAACGUGGACGCUGAGAUCGUGGAGAAAUGACACGGAUCCAGCACCCGGUAGCUUUACAUUUGGGAUCGAUCCUCAAUCACUAAAUCAGUUCUUCAUAUGGCGGAGAUCCAUUCCAUACUGGAGAGGCAUCUUCUGGAACGGGACUGCAUUUAGUUCGCCUCUGUUCGAUUUGAUAACAGUUUCUUCUUUCAACUACAGCAUCAUUAGCAGUGAAGAUGAGGUCUACUUUACUAUCCUCAAUCCUACUGAUAUUGAUUCAUAUAGCUUUCUGGUGAUGAAACCAGAGGGUACUUUUGAAAGUUUCGAAAUAAACAUUGGACGAGGAGGAGGUUUCUGGUAG